CAUUAGUGAUCUCAUCAGAAUCUGGAGAAAGAGUUAACUAUACAUCCAGUGUAAGGAGUAGUGAAAAAGUUGUGCAAUAUCUAAAAUACAAAAACUGAAUGGCCUCACCUCAAAACUUUGUAUCCAAGCUAACAGCACUGGUUGUGGAUGACAAUAUAAUUAACCGAAAGAUUCAUCAAAAGAUGUUGAAUAAAUUUGGAGUCAAAAGUCAAGGUGUGGAGAAUGGAAAAGAAGCAGUGGACAUUCAUUGGCGUGGACAAAAAUUUGACCUAAUUCUCAUGGACAUGGAUAUGCCUAUCAUGAAUGGCAUUGAGGCAACAAAGGAACUUCGUGCAAUGGGUAUUUGUAGCACAAUUGUUGGUGUGUCAUCACGCUCUAUGGAAGAUGAAAUACUAAAAUUCAUGGAAGCUGGAUUGGAUGAAUAUCAAGAGAAACCCUUGAACAAUGCAAUACUUAGUUCCAUUCUUGGCAAGAUCACUCCAACUGUGUGAUGGAUGCAAGGAAUUGAAUAAC